AUGGUUGAAAAGGAGGAAAGUGAUUCAGAAGCUUUUAAAGUUGUUUUUGGAAAGGAGUGUUCAGGCAGGGUACGCUGUUAUGGGAGAAACAUAACUAAAACUUCCUUAAAGAGAAAAGCAGAGAUUAAUGCUUUGAAACAAGCCCACAGUGAAGAGGUCUUUACAUUAAGGGACGAGUUUCAAGAUAAGAUUGAUAGAUUGCAAAAUGCUUUUAAGACCGUAAUACAACAAUGCAAUCCUCAAAUUAAUAUAGAGUCAAUUGAAGAUUUGUUAGGAUUAUCUCAUGGAGAUGCUAAUAGUUCCCCAAAGGAUAUAAGACCGCAAAUGCAUUCAUCUACAUCAACUCAUGCUCUAUGUCAUAGAAAGGCUUACUCCAACCAAUAUUAUUGCUGCAGCGAUUAG